CUCACGCUGAUCUGCGGCAGGCAGACCCUGCUGUAAGCCAGACCCGAACGUCCAUUUCGGAGGCUCUCUUCUAGUACCGGGGACUUGAAGUUGGGAAAACCGCUCAGGCUGCUUUACCACCUGUCUCAGAUGCCCCUCCUCUUGCCAAUCCAGGGGAGUGGGUCCGAGUUAAAGAACUCUCACCUUCCUGUGACGAUUCCAAAUGGUCUGAACCCUGACAAGUCCUACUCGCCACUCCAACAGCAGUUAAAGUUGAGGGGAUCAAGGCAUGGAUCCACGGUUCCAGGAUCAAGAAAGUCGAGCCUCCUCCGACUCAGUGGCAAGUACAGUAGCUGAACGGCCUGAAACUGAAACUCCAGAAAGUUCCCGCCUCGCACAGCCGACCUGUUUUGACUCCUCCCGUCUGCUUAGGAAGGACCCUAAAAUCUUUUGAAUGGACUGGACCCUUCUGGAAGCAGUGGGAUUCGAUGUGUUCUAGUUGGAAUUCUCUGACUGUGUUGUGGGUUCCCAAGUACAGUCUUUGGGAAAAGGGAAGGAUGGGGUUGAUUUGUAUGUUGGAAAAACCACAUGUCUUAAUGCUUUCGAUCCUCAUGACGGGCCUAUCUUUGGGACUGGGGGUUCCCUUGCGUAACAAAAGGGAGGCCAAUUUAGGCCUAUGGCAGGACAACAACUGGAUCCAGAAGGUGAGGGUAUAUUUACAGCUGAUGGAGAGUAACUUUUCUAAUUGUUGGCUAUGUCAACACAUGCCUCCAAAGGCUUCAGAUGGACUCCCCUUAGACGCGAUUCCCUUGAGUGAAUCUGAAUGGAAAAAUCCGACUCAAGGACCUAGGGGUGUGUUCAUCUCCCAAAACCUGACCCAGAUUACAGUUUUGACAGGGUCUAGGAUUCAGCAUAGAGCAUCCUUCUGCUGGACAUACCAGAACACAACUGCGAAUGCAAAUACUAUUUUCUUAGGUAACUAUUCUAAUUGUGAUCACCUAAUUAAUGUCAAUAGCCUGUAUAGAUUCAAUGCCCCUUCAUUUUCAUAUGCCAAUGUGACAGAGUAUGAGUGCAACCACAUCACUACCGGGAAUCGCAGUAUAGGGGGUCUGCCUUGUAACACCAUUAAGGCCUUAGUCCAAUCAGCAGCGGCUCCACCAGACCACGCCAUGUACCAUACCAAUCUUGUAGGGGUUUUUUGGUUGCUAUGUGGUAGGAUGGCGUACAGAGCCAUACCCCCUUACUGGGAAGGUACUUGUACACUGGGUCAAUUGGCCCCUGCUUUAAGGACCUCUCCAGCCCUCUUACACCACUGCAUCCAGAAUAGAAGAGAUCCCACUCCUGUUGCUACUAACAGCCAUGACCAUGAACAGCUCCUCCAAGGCCUCCCUCCGCUGGGGGUAGCAUUGAACUUUAGGGAUAUUGUUAAAUUAAGCAAUCGGACAGAGUGGAUGUUUAAUAAAACUGUAGGGGGGUUGCAGAAAUUAAAUCAAGAGCAGGGAGAAAUUAGGCAGGUGGUCCUGCAAAAUAGAGAAGCUUUAGACAUGCUUCUCACAGCUCAAGGAGGAGUUUGUGCUGUUGUACAUUCUUAUUGUUGUGUUUACAUCCAUAACAAUCAAGUUGAUCUUAACAAAACUGUAGAGGCCAUGGAGAAUGCCAUAACUGAAAAGCAUGCAGAUGAGGCCCGCCGGUGGGAUACAUCAUGGAACCCAUUCUCAUUCCUGGAGAGUUGGUUUCCCAACAUCAGCUCUUUUUCUUGGUGCUAUAUUGCUGUUGGUCCUCUGUUGCUGUUCACCAAUCCUUAUGUUUUUAGGCCGACGCAUGCUCACCUCUCUAGUUUCUCAAAUGACUGUUGUUGCCGCCCCUGCCACUCCAUCUGAAAAGCCCGCUAAGGUCAUGGUUCUCCGAACUAUCCCACAGGAAUAUAGCUCUCUGGUAACAAGGUAACAGAAAGCAUUCUGUUACAAAACUAAAGGGAGGAAUGAAGGGGGGGGGUUGCCUUUGCAGCCGCACUAGGAAAACACCAUUAGCUCAAAGCGAGAGGGACAGGAUACGCAGGAUACCUUGAGGGUAUUUAGGAAAGAGUCUCCAGCCACCCUGAGGGUAUCCGGGAAACCCUGAGGGUCUCCAGGAAAAGGUCUACAGCUAAACUGGUUCAACCUGCCUUGUGUACCUUGAGGGCAUCCAGGAAAGGGUCUAUAGCCAAACCGGUUCAAACUGCGGUUCAGACUGCUUUGUCCCUGUAAACUCUAAAAACUGAGCUUGUAUGUCCGGUGGUGUGGCAAAACCCUGGCAUAUUUGCUGCCUAUGCUUUGGGUUGCUGACCUCCCAGCUUCCUUUUACUUGGCCGAAUAAAGAGCUGUUUCUUUCUAAGAGCCUC